AUGGAGAAAAGCUAUGAGCUAGGCCCCGCCUCCCGGGCUGGCAGGCGGCGAGACCACGGGCCCUUGGGCGCAGGGGGUCUCCAGAGCGGGGCGUCUAAGCGGUGCCUGAGAACCAACAGCGUGGCGCCCAGUGCGGCCACAGCCAACAACGUGGCACCCAGUGGGGCACCAGCCAACAACGUGGUGCCCAGUGCGGCCACAGCCAACAACGUGGCACCCAGUGGGGCACCAGCCAACAACGUGGCGCCCGGUGCGGCCACAGCCAACAACGUGGCACCCAGUGGGGCACCAGCCAACAACGUGGCGCCCGGUGCGGCCACAGCCAACAGCGUGGCGCCCGGUGGGGCCACAGCCAACAACGUGGCGCCCGGUGCGGCCACAGCCAACAACGUGGCGCCCCGUGGGGCACCAGCCAACAGCGUGGCGCCCGGUGCGGCCACAGCCAACAACGUGGCGCCCGGUGCGGCCACAGCCAACAACGUGGCGCACGGUGCGGCCACAGCCAACAGCCUCGCGCCCAGUGCAGCCACAGGCAACAAUGUGGCGCCUGGUGCGGCCACAGCCAACAACGUGGCGCCCAGUGCGGCCACAGCCAACAGCCUCCCGCCUGGUGGGGCACCAGCCAACAACGUGGUGCCCAUUGGGGCACCAGCCAACAACGUGGCGCCUGGUGCGGCCACAGCCAACAGCGUGGCGCCCAGUGGGGCCACAGCCAACAACGUGGCACCCGUUCUUUCCAAUGCCCUGGGUGACCUUGGGCAAGUCACGUCAGCUCAUUGUGCCUCAGUUUCCCCCGGGUUAUGUGGCAGUGCUAAUACCAAGCCAGCCUGCGUGGAGGGCAGCUUAGCGAUUGAGUGCGGAGCAGCACAGGAUUGGGGCGGGGGCAGAACAUGGCGGUUCCGUUUUAGGAAAAACAAACAGCAACAGUUAAGUUUCCCCAGAGUCCUAUCUGCCCUGUACAUGGUUGGAAUACCAGACUCGGUAAACGUGAUCCCUUCCAAACAUUCCUUCAGGACCUCUGCCAGCCCCAUUAUGCAACCCCAAUUGCAGCAGACACAAAGCCCCCCUACUUGCCCAUAGCCCGAGUCUCCCCCCAUCCCACCUCCCUCCCUCGGCUUUGAUCAGAUGUGAAGACAACAGCAAGCGAAGACACAGCGUCCCGGCUGCAGUUCACGCCCAGGCAGCGUGACAGCUCCUGGCAGGUUGCUUUCUCCGUUUCCUUUUCCAGUGCUCCGGGAGGCGAGCGUGGGUGUGUGUGGAACGCGACUGUUCCUGUGGGGACCAUGUGAGGACGAUCUUUAUUUCGGAGGCGAAGACAGAGCAGAGGGAAUCAGGAGCCCUGCGCCGGUCUGGCUUCAAUUAAAGAUCCUGAGAAGACUGCAGAGUGGAGCCUGGGAGACUUGCAGCCGGGACCUGGCUAUGCGGCUGAGCUGCGGCUGUCUCCUGGUCCUCUUUGUGAAGAUCCCCUCCUUCUGCCUGCUCGGGAGCCAGGAUGACGAGGACGCCCCACCAUCCCCACCGUUUGGCGUGGGGCCUCUGCCCCCUAAGAACACCCCAGGCUGCCCGGCCAACUGCACCUGCCCCUCAGAGGAGACGGUGGAGUGUGGGGGGCUCGACCUGCACGUCUUCCCCAGCAACGUCUCCAGAGCUGUCCAGCAUCUUUCUCUGCAGAAUAACCAGCUGCGGGAGCUGCCCUACGACGAGCUGGCCCAGCUGACCAGCCUGAAAACCCUCAACCUGCACAACAACCACAUCAUCUCCGAUGGCCUCCCGGAUGAAGCCUUUGAGUCCCUGGACUCGCUGCAGUACAUCUACCUGGCCAACAACAAGCUCACGGUAGCACCGCAGAUCCUUCCCAGCACAGUGCGCAUAGUGGACCUGGCUGCUAACCUGCUCACCGAAGUCUACCCGCUCACCUUUGGGCAGAAAGCCAACCUCAGGUCCGUGUAUCUUCACAACAACCAGCUGACCAACACCGGGCUCCCCUAUGACGCCUUCAACGGCUCCGACGCCGUCAGCACCAUGAUCCUCUCCAGCAACCAGCUCAGCUACCUGCCCCAGAACCUGCCCCCUGCGCUCGUCCGGCUCCACUUACAGAACAACCGCAUCGCCCGGAUCCCCAGGGGGGCGCUGAGCAGCCACUGGAAGCUCCGAGAGCUCUACCUGCAGAACAACAACCUGUCCAACCAGGGCAUGGACCCUUCCACCUUCAGCAAGCUGAAGAGCCUGGAGUACCUGGAUCUGUCUAACAACAACCUGACCGAGAUCCCGGCUGGCUUCCCCCCGAACAUCAUGAUCCUGCACCUGGGCAAGAACCACAUCGACUCGCUGCCCCGGGACAGCCUGAGCCGGGUGCGCGGCCUGCAGUACCUGCUGCUGCAGAACAACCGCCUGACGGCCGCCGGCGUCCACCCCGACGCCUUCCUCAAGCUACGCAACCUGCACACCCUGCACCUCUACAACAACCGGCUGGAGCGGGUGCCCCCGGGGCUGCCCCGCCGGGUGCGCUCCCUCAUGAUCCUGCACAACCAGAUCACGCACAUCGGCCUGCCGGACUUCGCCAACACCUACCUGCUGGCCGAGCUCAACCUGAGCUACAACCGCCUCUACAGCGCCAAGAUCCACCGGCUGGCCUUCCGCAAGCUGCGCCGGCUCGAGAGCCUGGACCUGUCGGGCAACCAGCUCACCCUGCUGCCCGCCGGCCUCCCGCCCAGCCUCCAGGUGCUCAAGCUGCACAAGAACCAGAUCAACUCCCUCUCGCCCGAGCUGCUGGCCAACCUGACCGGCCUCAAGGAGCUGCACCUGGCCCACAACAGGCUGCGCAUCGGCUCCAUCACCCCUGGCACGUGGCAGGAGCUGCAGGGGCUCAAGCUCCUGGAUCUCAGCAACAACGAGUUGUCCUACAUCCCCCCGGACUUGCCAGAGUCCCUCGAGUACCUGUAUCUCCAGCACAACCGCAUUGCUGUCAUUGGGGCCGAAGCCUUCCACACCAUCCCCGACAUCCGAGCCAUCGUCCUCAGAUCCAACCGCCUGCUGGCAGCCGGCGUGUCUGACCAGGCCUUCGCGGCCCUGAAGCAGCUGGAGGUUGUGGACACUACGGGGAAUCCAGAACCCAUCAGUGUCAAGAUGCCACGAGCCGGGCGCUGGCUCAGAUCUCACCCAGGCGCCUAACAAGCGGACAGCUCAGCCUGAGCUGGUCAGUGUCUGCCCUGGGCCUGGUUUGGCAGGGAAGCUUGAAUAGCAGCGAGGAAAUGAGGAACCAGGGCAGCUUUGUCCUUCUCCAGCUGCGCCGCUCAGGUGCUAGACUCUGUUAUCGCCAGGGGCUCGGGUGGUCCUGUCAGGGAGCGGCAGCUAAGCAGGGCUGGGAAGGCCCAGCACUUGGACAGAGGAAAAUCCAGCCAUGGGGGGGAGUAGGGCGGGUGUCUCCGUAGGGAGCGCUGAGAGUCAGCACAGUCCUGGGGGCGCUGUGCUACCGGGAGCAGGGGGCACGCUCCUGCUCUUUCAGCCAACCACAGAAUUGGGGUCCUGCCCCUUGGUCAGCCUGGCAAAUUCCAUCUGCCUCCCUAACUCCCCCUUGCACUUUCCACCUCUCGUCCAAACCAUCACGUAGAACUGCCAUGUUCCACCCCAGAGGUGGCUGCAUUUCAGUGCCAGGGAAGUUAUUUCCCUCUGCAUAUGGCUAAAUUCUGAGCUGCUAUCAGCAGGUGCGAUUCCUCUCAGACCUCCAACCAGCUCUGAACUUGGCAGGUGCUUUGGGAUCUCUUGGGCUGAGAGGAGCUCUGGCAACAUCCCCUGCUGAAAUCCCUCUCUCCUGCUGUCAUUUCCUGCAGCCGCCUUCCCUCACUCCCAGGCUCUGACGCGGCCCGUCCCAGAUCACAGCGAUAACAUGGUUUCAAUAUCCUCCCUGCACUUCCCUGAGGCAGCGUUCCAGAGGGAUUACGCUGCCUGCUCUUCUGGGCUCGUUCAGCUGCACGGGGCGCCGACACACCCCUGCAGGCCCUGCCCCGGCCUCCCGAGAAGCAGCACAUCCCCUUGGGCACUUAAGGCCUCGCUCCAGGGGCGGCUCCA